GCUGAGGUUAGGGUGGUGUGUGGGCUGUAGUACCUGGACGUGGAGGUGGUGACUGCAGCAGCGGUUCCGGAAGUUCUGUGGCCGGCGGAGGCAGAUGUGACGUCAUCGAUCUCAAAACAAAAAACAGCUACCUGUGCUUUAGAACCCACGUUUCCAAACAGCUAAGGAAACUGGCAAAAUUUAUUUCUCUACAGGGCUUCUCAGAUCCUAACUUCAUAACAACUUUAUUUCAAGCAUGGACAAAAGAGCUGAAUUCAAGAGGUGAAAUGAGAGGCUUGUUCUUGAACCCAGGCUAGCACUGAUGGAUGCUGCAUUUCACCCAUGAAUCUUCUUCCACAUAGAUCAGAAUUUCAAUUGGAUUUAAAUUCCACUUAACACAAAAAUAAAAGCAAAAGGUGGAUUUCUCCUGACAGCAGAGAAAAGUCAUUCCCCUAUUUAUCAUUUCUUGUUAUACUGUGUUCUCUGUUUGAAGUUGCCCUGUGAUUCUACAGGUAAGACAUUACAUGGAUCUGACACAGCACUUGGCCAGACAGAACUGAAUUUAUACUUGCAGUUAUUUUUUGCAUUUUUGUCUAUAGCUGUCCUCUUUUAAAAAUCAACGUAUUUUGGAAUUAAAAGUUAAAACAAUGAGCACAGUGUUUCAGCUUCUGGUCUUCAUGGUGACAAUAGAUAGUGUAUGGUUUAGAUUAAUCAUCUUAUCUGUACAGUGUACCUGUUAGCUAGUACUAACUAUGAGAACAUGAGUGUAACAGCUGAGAAAAAACAUUCAGGCCAUCAAGUCUACUCAAGUCAACAAGAUCAUAAGUGAUCUGAUAAACUCCAAUUCCCAUUUUCUGCCUCUUGCUAAAGUUGUUGAAAGUCCUCCUCAAAAUGAAGUUUAUUGAGAGGAGUUUGAAUACAGAAACUAAGAAGCGGUAGGAAGAAGAAAAGAAGAUAAUUAGUGGUGAGUACUGGUAUUUGAGUUUACCAGAAUAGAAAGAAAAUGAGAAUCACAUUACUGAAAAGAACUUUGCGUCUUGCAAAGACGUGUUUUUUGGCUGAAUGACUUUUAAUUUUUUUUAGCCCAGAGACAGAGAAAUUACACUCUCUUACAGAUUAAAACUCUGUCUAUCUCAGCUUUAGAUAUGCUUGAUAAUCUACCUCCUGCAGGCCUCUAUAGUAAUGAAUUCCCACAGCUUCUCCAUCCUUUGAGAGAAGAAAUUCUCCUCAUUUCUGUCCUAACUGAGUAAAGCCUGGCUCAGAGAUUACAUCCUUUGGUCGUAGGCUGUCCCAAAGGGAGACAAUCUCUCAGCAUCAACCUUAUCAAGUCCCCUAAGAAUCUUACCUUCUUCAUAAGGUCUCCUCUCAUUCUUCUAAACUCCAACAAUUACAGGACCAACCUACUCAAUCGGUCCACAUAGGAAAAUCCCUCCAUACCCAAACUACCUCAACUUCUCAGCAUAGAAAAAUACUGGGGUCCAUCUAGUGAAUCUUCUCUGGACUAUCUCAAAUGCCAAUAUAUCUUUCUUAGAUAAGAGAUCUUUAUAGUAUCCUAGGUGUGUUAUGAUUAGUUUCUUGUGUAGUUUUAGCAAGACAACUCUAUUUUGGAAAUCUAUUCACUUUCAAAUAAUGUCCUUCAUUCCACAUACCUCCCCCAUUACCUGCUGAACUUUUAUGCUAGUGAUUUGUCAAAUCCAUCAUUGCUGCAACAUUCUGCAGUCUUUUUCCAUUUAAAUAAUAUUCAGCUGCUCUAUUCUAUCUGUCAAAGUCCAUAACCUCACAUUUCCCACAUUGUAUUCCAUCUGCCAAGCUUUUGACACUCACUUAACGUAUCGAUAUCCCUCUGCAGAUUUUUUGUAUCAUCCACAAACUUGCUUGCCUUAUCCAGGUAACUGAUAUAAAUUGUAAAUAAUUGUGUCCCCAACACUUAUCCCUAUGCCACUCUACUUUUUAAAGGUUGUCAUCCUGAAAAUGUCUCUGCCAAUGAUCAAACUCCCUGCCUACUAUUGGUUAACCAAUCCUCUAUCCAAGCUAAUAUACCAUCCCAACACCAUGACCUGAUCUUAUUAAAUAGCUCUUCCUAUUGACUCUUGAUUUGUUUUUUGUUUCCUAUCAUGAAGACUGAUGCAACGUAUUUAUUCAAUUCCCCUGCCAUUCCUGGUUCAACAUUAUUAUUUCCCCAGCCUUUCUCCAAUGUGUCAAUGUUUCAUUUUGAACUCAGUCUUGCCUUUUAUGUUUUUAAACAAACUAUUGCUUUCUGAUUUGAUGUGACUCAGUUAUCUUUUGGUGGAUUUUAAGACCUUUCUAAUCCUUUGGCUACUAUUUGCCUAUGUUUGUUUGGUUAAAGAUAGUAUAAUAAAGAUUCUUUGGUGUUUCAAUUCAACACCAGAAUCCUGCUAUUUAUUUUCUUGCCCCUGGUUCUUCCAGGCAUUCUAACUCUAAAAGAUUAUGGCCUACCAGCCCAGAUCAUAACAGAAAUCCCAAUUGUCCAAUGUUCUCAUAACUCGGUUGAUAAAAAUUUAGAAGUUUUAUCUGGGAUCACAAUAAUUGUUCAGGGUUUUGUUCUUUCAUAAUCUUCCUUCCUUUUUACUACUUUUGCUGUGGUUGUGUCAGUAUCACUAACUAACAACAAUAUUAUAUACCAACAUUAAUGAAUGUCAUAAGCACUCACUGAACCAGACGUAACUCAUGAUUACAAAAGUAAUAAUAAUAAAGUUGAGGAAAUGGACGUGGUCUCAAUAUAUACAGAAAACUUCAAAUUUUGAGGCUGUGACUAUUUCUUUCUUUACCUACUUCACAGUUGUUUUCUGAUCAUGCUGAUUUGAAUCAAUUUGGUACAUUUUACUACCUGAAAGAUGCCAUAUAAUUGUACCUGCUAGUAGUACAGUAAAGGACUUGAUGGUGUAGUAUUGACAUUGACUUUAAUUUAUGAAUUGAAAGCAAAAUAUUGAAUUUGCUGGAAAAAGGAAAGAGCUGGAAAUACUCAGCAGGUCCACAACAUUUGUGGAGAGAAACUAAUGUAAAUCCACUUCUGACUUUUUUUUAUCAGAAGAGUCAUAUUUACAUUGAUCAGUUUCUUGAAUCCAAGGAAUGGUCCGAUCUCAGGCCUUUAUGGGCCUUCCCCAUUUAUUGUUUUCUUUUGUUGCUGAAAUUCCAAUCUCAUUCUGCGCAUUUGGAGAAGAGCAGUGCAAUUGGAAGCUGAGCAGCGAUAUUGGAAAGAAAAGACUCAUGAAAGAGGUGCCAGCAGAUGGCAGUAUCUUGCUGCUCAGUGUGCCCAAUUCGCUGCUGACAUUUUGCCUGCUUUACACUGAAAAUUUCCAAUAAUUUGGUACGGUGAUGCCAGCGAUGACUCGGUAGACAGCUCGCAUCUGGAGGAGAGAUUCAUACUGCUGCGGUGUUUGUGUGAAAUGGAUGGAUUAUUGUAACUACAAAGCAAGGCGCACAUCAAGAUCGCCAGUGGCGGAUUUAGUCCUGAUCACUUCAUUGCGGAUUGUGUGUGGAUUAGCAGAAGGUUAUAUCCAAAUCACUGUUCGUGAGAAGCUGCAUAUCGGUGCUGUGAUCAGAGUCGGAACCGUCACCAGAACCCGGGGAACGCCCAGCCCAGUGUGUUGAUGCCAAGUCUUUGACCUUGUGCUGUACUGGGACUAUUGGAGAAGAGCAUCACUCUCUCUGUUGCAGAGGGAAAUCCCGCUGGCUUUUCCUAGCCCCACUGACGGCCAAAGAAUUGGGGCUAGGGUGGAUCAGACGUGCGAAGGAAAUCUGCUUUGAAAUUGGAAAACUGGAAAAGGUUCCUGAGUCAGACAUCAGAAGGAGCUUCGACGCCUCUAAGGUGAUCAGUGUUUCCGCGCAAAGAGAAAAGAUAGGAAGGUCUGCGUUAUGAAUAUGAGCGCAGUACCCUAUCAGCAGAAUGCGAAUAAUCUUGGAGGUAUGCCCACAAGCAUCCGCUGCUACAGGUGUGGAGGAGUAUGCAAAGGAGAGGUAGUUCGGGUUCAUAAUAACCACUUUCAUGUCAAGUGUUUUACCUGCCAAGUUUGCGGCUCUGACUUGGCACAAGCAAACUUCUUCUACAAAAAUGGAGAAUAUAUCUGCACAUUGGAUUAUCAACGAAUGUAUGGAACUCGUUGUGACAGUUGUGGAGACUUCAUUGGUGGAGAGGUGAUCUCAGCUCUGGGGAGGACAUUUCAUCCAAAGUGCUUUGUCUGCACAGCCUGCAGAAAACCAUUCCCAGUUGGAGACCGUGUUACUUUCAGUGGGAAAGAUUGUGUAUGCCAGCAAUGCUCUCACACAUUGAUGACUGCUUCUGAGCCGAUAAAGAUUCAUGGACCCAGUCAGUGCGCUGGCUGUGGAGAUGAAAUCAAACAUGGACAGUCAUUACUGGCCUUGGAGAAGCAAUGGCAUGUGAGCUGUUUCAAAUGCCAGUCUUGUGGUAUUGUGCUGACAGGAGAAUAUAUCAGCAAGGAUGGUGUUCCUUAUUGUGAGACUGAUUACCAUUCGCAGUUUGGCAUUAAGUGUGAGACUUGUGACAGAUAUAUCAGUGGGAGAGUGCUGGAGGCAGGAGGCAAGCACUACCACCCAACUUGUGCAAGGUGUGUCAGAUGUCACCAGAUGUUCACAGAGGGAGAGGAAAUGUACCUCACAGGCUGCGAAGUGUGGCAUCCAAUUUGUAAGCAGUCUGCUAGAAUGGAAAAGAAGCUUCGGCACAGGCGUACCUCUGAAACUUCCAUCUCUCCUCCUGGAUCUAGCAUUUCAGGAUCACCAAACCGGGUCAUCUGUGCAAAAGUGGAUAACGAAAUACUUGACUAUAGGGAUCUGGCUGCUCUCCCCAAAGUUAAAACUAUCUAUGAUAUCCAGCGGCCUGAUCUGGUUUCCUACGAGCCAUAUUUCAGAUCCGCAUCAGAAGACAGACUUGAAAGACAUAGUUUUGGGGAGUCACUUGGGAUGCUGUCACCAUACUCACAGGACGUAUAUGAUGGUAUUGAUUUAAGACAGAGGAGAUCUUCCAGUCCUGGAUACAUUGACUCUCCCUUGUACAGUCGACAUGGGAUGUCUCCCACAAUGCCUCGAUCACCUCAACAUUAUCACAGACCAGGCAUUGAAAGUGGCCGGAGUUCACCUUAUUACACCCAGCUAGACAUCAAGCCAAGCCCUGCUCAGACACCUACACAUUUCCAUAUACCAGCAAGUGGAGAAAUCACUAAUAUCUACAGGAAGCCCCCUAUCUAUAAGCGACAUGCAACGAAAAGCAAAACCAGUGAGGAUAUUGUUCAGUCCGCAAGAUACCCAGCAGCUUACUCUCCAGACAUCUUCCAGCAGUCAGAGUCCGAAUACUGGCCUGGCCCAUUUUCACCCAAAGCAUCUAGAUUAAGUCGGAGAUCUUCAUCUGGCGCUGAAGAUGACAGCCAAAAUAUUUGGGACCAGGGUAUUCAGAGGAUACAAAGUGGCAUUAAUCGGUUAAUUCUGAAGGAGGAGAUGAAAGCUAGAUCGGGGAGUUAUGAUAAUGACCCCUGGUCAACACGCAGCUCCACAACAAGUAGGGAAUGUCUGCAGAAUGUAGGCUACGAUUCUCCAGUAAAUGGAUCUCCCAGAGGAACAUAUAUGGGAGACAGUGAUCCACUGAUUUCCAAGUCUGCUUCUCUUCCUGCCUAUAUGAGAAAUGGUUUGCACAGGCCUCAGAGCGCUGACAUUUUCCAAUAUGACAACGACAAUUCUGUUAACUGGGGAAUGAGAGAAUACAAGAUUUAUCCAUUUCAUCUGCUAAUGGUCACUACCAGAGGUCGGAAUAAGUUACCAAAAGAUGUUGACAGAACAAGAUUAGAGCGUCACUUAUCUCCAGAAGAUUUCUACCGAGUGUUUGGAAUGACACUUGGAGAGUUUGAUCGACUUGCAUUGUGGAAAAGAAAUGAACUGAAGAAACAAGCACGGCUUUUUUAAGCACACUUAAGAGUUCCAUUAGAGAAAAGGCAAGAGAAAGUGUAAGGUUUUGCCAAGCCAAGUAUCCAAGACGUUUUAUCAUACAAACUGUUCAUAGUGUUUUCAUAUUGUUACAAUGUAAGAAGCUACACGUAUUCUAUGGAUGUUUUGCAAUUGUUGGUCACUUGUGGGCUGAUAUUUCCAUCAUAUCAUGAAAGUUUUAUGAUGUAAUUAUUAAUCUUCAGAUUUCAUGAGCCCAGAUUCAUGUUUAAAAUUGGAAUUUGGAAAGAUAAUAUGAUUAUUUGUUGUUAGCCUCUUUAUUUAUCGCUUGUUUUAUUCUUGCUUAGUUUUGCUUUUCAAAUCAAUUCUUUCUGCAAGCAUCAAAUUACUUCAUUACAUUUGAUACAUAACUAAAGGAGAAUUAGUUCAUGUCAGAUCUCUGCAGAAGAGAACAUUGCAGACAUAAUGUAUGACUGGGAUAGCUUUUGUGGACAUUGUCCGAAACAGGAAUUGUUCUGAUCUCACAAUUAAGCGCUUGUAUGAUGAUACAGCUUACUGAAAUGAUUAUUGACACUUUUUUCCUCAGUGGAUAUAGAGCCCACAUAAUUGUUUUUCCACUGUCAAUUGCUGCAUCCUGUUGAAUAAAUAAAUAAAUAAUGUAAAUUUGGCUUAAAAUGAUCUGUGCUCAUUUCAAUUAAGGUACAAUGUGUACUUGCAAUUUUUGAUGAGAUGGUCAUGUUGGAAUUCCAGGCUGGAUCAAAAGUGGAGACCAGGAAAAUUGGCUGGCACUGAUUGGAAUUUGAGACAGAAACCAGUUCUUCUGGGAUUCUGUGAUAAUGGGAACUGCAGAUGCUGGAG